CGAGUGCCGCUGCUGCCGAGCCGAGAGAGUCGGAGGACGGAGCUGAGCCUAGUCCGCAGUUGGAGUCCGCCAGGCGGAGGGUGUUCAGUGUCGGUUCCACGGUUCUCGUCGUCUCUGCGUGCGUAAGGACUCGACUGCCUCGCCGGUGCUUUGUAAUUCAUUGUUACCCGAUUAUCCUCUUCCUCGUUCUCCCCCACGUUCCGCGUCAAUCCUCCGACACCACGUGCUGUCUAUUAUAUUGUUUACACGGUGUAUGCAUGUAUGUACUGCUGAGGAUUGAUGAGGGAACUGUACUAUCACUAGAAUAACGAGUGGUGGACUCGAGUGUUUCUCAGCUCCUAUUACACGCAAAGAAUAAAAUCGCGCGCAUAGAUGAGUGAGCGGAAGAAUCGGCGCAGCGCGUUCUUCGAAGAUAAUAAACAGGUUUAGGUAUAAAACUGGUACGGACAAUAUCGGCACCGUGAAAAACUGCUGACAAUAUGUGUGGGGCGAUGUGGAAUUCGCUGCUCCUUAUUGCCGCCGUGAGCUCUUUCGCAGUUAUAGUGCUCGCGGAUUUCGACCAGGUGCCGAUCACGCGGAGAGAUGACAAGUGCUACAACGAAACUACCGGAAGAGCGCAGAGGUGUAUUCCCUCGUUUCUGAACGCUGCGUUCAGUGUUCCCAUGGAGGCGACAAAUACCUGCGGUGAAAACGGUAUUCCUACCGAAUACUGCAAACAGACCGGAGUCCAGCAAAAAUCGUGCGAUUUUUGCCAGGCGGGUGAUCACCCUGCCUCUUACCUAACGGACCUUGGAAAUAACGAUAACGCUACGUGGUGGCAGUCGGAAACAAUGUACGAGGCGGUUCAGUAUCCCAACCAGGUCAACCUGACCCUUCACCUGGGAAAAACUUACGACAUUACGUACGUCCGGAUACUUUUCAUAUCACCGCGACCCGAAAGCUUGGGUAUAUACAAGAGGAAGAACGAGAAAUCCCCCUGGCAACCGUACCAGUUUUAUUCGGCUACCUGCAGGGACACCUACGGACUUCCCGACUCCAAGGAAACCGUUCGCGGCGAUGAUACGAGAGUUUUGUGCAGCUCCGAGUACUCGGACAUAUCUCCCCUCACCGGCGGCAACGUAGCCUUUUCCACCCUCGAAGGACGACCCUCUGCUUACUGGUUUGAGACCAACCCGGAACUGCAGGAAUGGGUCCAAGCCAGCGACUUGAGGAUCACUUUGGAUCGUCUGAACACGUUCGGUGACGAGGUAUUCGGGGAUGAUCAGGUGCUAAAAUCUUAUUACUACGCCAUCGCUGAAGUAGCGGUUGGUGCACGUUGCACCUGCAACGGACACGCAGGCGAAUGUGUUCAAAGUACCGGUAUCGACGGAUCAACUCGCCGCGUUUGUCGCUGUGAACACAACACCGCUGGACCCGAUUGCAACGAGUGUUUACCAUUUUACAAUGACGCACCCUGGGCUCGAGCCACGUCGUUUAACGCCAAUGAAUGCAAAGCUUGCAACUGUAACGGCUACUCAGAUCGAUGUUACUUUGAUAAUGAACUGUACAAAGCUACUGGACACGGAGGGCACUGUUUGGACUGUAAUUUGAAUCGCGACGGUGCUAAUUGUGAAAGAUGUCGUGAAAAUUUCUACGAACGUUCUGAAGACGGCUAUUGCAUUCCUUGCAAUUGUCAUGAAACUGGUUCAAGAAGCUUGCAGUGUAACAGUGAAGGCAAGUGCCAGUGCAAACCUGGUGUCACCGGAGACAAAUGUGAUCGUUGUGCUCCCAAUUUUUAUAACUUUGGAUCACUUGGUUGUACUUCCUGUGAGUGUAACAUUGCUGGUUCAUUGGGUAACGUUGAAAGAUGUGACCCACACACCGGAGACUGCCAGUGCAAGGAAAAUGUUGAAGGAAAACGUUGUCGCGAGUGUCGUCCUGGCUUCUUCAAUCUUGCUCUUUCAAAUGUAUUCGGGUGCACCCCGUGCUUCUGUUAUGGGCAUUCAUCAGUCUGUGAGUCUGAAUCUGGAUAUUCUAAAGUUGUUAUUGAGAGCAUGUUUGCUAGAGGUACCGAGCGCUGGUCAGCGGAAGUCAAUGGCAGACGUUUACCACUCAAUUACGACUCACUGACACAAUCUAUCAGUGUUUCAGCCCAAGAUCGUGAAGAUGUGUAUUUCGUUGCACCUGACAGAUUUCUCGGCGAUCAACGUGCGUCUUACAAUCAAGAUCUGACUUUCAAAUUGAGGAUAGGAGAUAGAGGUGCGGCACCAACGGUACGUGACGUAAUUCUUGAAGGAAGGAAUGGGCAGCCGAUUGCCCAACCAAUAUUCGGACAGAACAACCCUUCGCCGUCUGGUGUAUUUAUGGAAUACAGAUUUAGACUGCACGAGCAUCCUGAUUAUGGUUGGCUUCCGCAAUUAUCAUCGCGAGAUUUCAUGUCCGUAUUGUCUAAUUUGACCGCGAUCAAAAUCCGCGGAACUUACACUCACAAAGGCAAAGGAUUCUUGGAUGACGUAAUGCUAGAAACAGCACAUCGUGGCGCGCCUGGUGAACCGGCGGAUUGGAUAGAGCACUGCACCUGUCCUCAGGGAUACAUUGGUCAAUUUUGUGAAUCCUGCUCGCCAGGUUUCCACCAUGAACCCUCAAACGGUGGUCCAUUCGCGCUUUGUGUACCGUGUAACUGUAACGGACAUGCCGACAUCUGUGAAGCUGAAACAGGCCAGUGUAUUUGCCAGCAUCACACUUCGGGAGAUAAUUGUCAGCACUGUCAACGUGGAUAUUAUGGGUACCCAUUAAAGGGGACAGCUGAUGAUUGCAAACCAUGCCCUUGCCCAGAUCAAGGACAUUGCAUUCUACUUGAUAAUAAUGCCGACCCAAUUUGUUCGGAAUGUCCUCUAGGACGUACAGGUGCCCGCUGCGAAGUUUGCUCUGAUGGUUACUUUGGUGACCCUGAAAAUAACCAAAAGUGCAAGCCUUGUGAGUGUAAUAACAAUAUCGACCUGAAUGCGGUGCGAAACUGUAAUCAACUUACGGGAGAGUGUUUAAAGUGCGUGAACAACACAGCUGGCUUUAACUGCGAGGAAUGUCUUCCAGGAUAUUAUGGUGAUGCCUUAUCUGAUCGUAAAGAGGAUGGCUGUGUAGCGUGUGAGUGUUAUGCUCCAGGCACGCAGGAACUUGACGACGGAAGUAUUGCUCCGUGUGACCAAUUGACAGGUUAUUGUAGAUGCAAGCCUCAUGUGACUGGCCAUAACUGCGACAAGUGUGAGGACGGAUAUUAUAAUAUUGCUAGCGGAGAGGGUUGCGCUCCGUGUAACUGUGACCCUGAAGGAUCGCAUGGUCGGACUUGUGACGCACUGACAGGACAAUGUCAAUGUAAACCUGGUGUAACAUCUCAACGUUGCGAUGCCUGUUUGCCCUACCAAUACGGAUUUGGUAAUGAAGGAUGCAAGCGCUGUGACUGCGAUGAAAUUGGUUCACAAGAAUUGCAAUGUGGUCCAGAUGGGCAGUGCCCAUGUCUACAAAAUGUGGAAGGUCGACGUUGUGAUCGAUGCAAAGAAAAUAAGUAUGACCGGCAGCGUGGAUGUAUAGACUGUCCUCCUUGUUACAACCUGGUUCAAGAUGCCAUAAAUGCGCAUCGGAGACGAUUAGAUGAUUUAGAAGAUACAUUAAGAAAAAUCGGUGGCUCUCAAACUGCGUUUAAAAAGGAUACGGACUUUGAAAAAGAAUUAAAGAACGUUCAAGAUCGUGUCAAAACGUUGUUACAAAAUGCUCAACAAAAUUCUGGAAGUAACGAGAAAUCUCUAGUUGAACAGUUGGAUGACUUGCGUAAUCUUCUGAACGAGAUAGAUGACAAUUCACGUGAGGUCGAAUUUAUUGCUGACAAAGCUAACGAGACCGCUACUGAUGGCCAAAUGAGUAUUGAAGAGGCCGAAACAGUGUUGGAUACAAUUCACGAACAGCUGUCUGAAGCUGAAGCUUAUUUAGCGACUGAAGGCCGAACUGCACUAGAAGAUGCUAGAAAAAGAGCCGAGGAAGUUGGCCAGCAAAAUAAUCAGAUGACCGCUAUUGCGCAGAAGGCACGUGAACUAGCGGAUAUUAACACGAACGAAGCUAAGAAAGUUUAUGACAUUGCAAAUAAUGCAAAAAAUAGAACACUGCAAGCUUAUAAUCUGGCAAAACAAGCUAUGUAUAAAAAUACCAACAUAAGCGAUGAGAUUCGAGUAUUGGAUAAUGAACUCCAGUCACUCAAGGAUAAAUUUAAUAAAGUCAAGGAUCUCACAAAAAUUACAGCUAAUAAAUCUGCCUCAGUUCUAAAAGAAGCAUUGGUGAUAUCAAUUGUAAAUCUUAGUAUUCCAACCAUUGAUAUUAAUGAACUUCAAAGGCAAGCCGAUAUCAUCAGUAACGAGGGAUUGAGCAUAAAAGAGCGAGCGCAACUAUUACUUGAAAACAAUGAUGAUUUACUGAGAGAAAUAAGUGAGAAAAUUUUGAACAGUGAAAAGUUAUUGGAAAGAGCGAGAGAUCAACAAGAAGCGAUUGGCGAACUAUUCUUGGAAGCGGACGAUGCGAAUGCAAAGGUUGAUGAAGCUGUUAAAAGGGGUGAUCACACUCUUAAAGAAGCCCAAGAAACGCACAAGAAAUUGAGCGAAUUUGACGAAGAAGUUCGACGAGAACAAGUGAUAGCACAAGCAUCCUUGCGUGACAUUGACGAGAUCAGAAAACUGAUUGAAGAAGCUUUUAACAAAACUAAAUCAGCUGAUCAAACUCUGAAUGGAGCUGAAGUUAAUGCAGUCAAGGCAAGGAAUAUCGCUAAAGAAGCGCAGGAAAACUACGCGAAUAAAGCAAGUGAAAAUGCCAAUAGAAUCAGGAAUGAAGCGAAUCGAACAAAAUCCAAAGCCUUUACUUUGGGUCAAGAAUCAGCAAACCUACAACUUAGGCUAGGAUUCACAGAGAGUCUUAUCAAGGAACAAGAAGAACAGGCAGCUAGGGACGCUAACAUUACUAGCGAGGCGAAACAAAAGGUCGGUCAAUCGAAAACCAAUGUUGGUGUUGCAUCCCAACAAGUUGAUAAAGCACUUACAGAAGUAGCAGAGAUUAUAAAGGAACUAGAGGCUUUGCCCGAAAUAAACGAGGCAGACUUGGAUCGUUUGGAAGAACGACUUAAUGCAGCUGAGGAGCAAAUAAAAGCUGCUAAUUUGGAUGAAAGAAUUCGUGCCUUGACACUGGCGAAAAAUGUUCAAAUUCAGUGGGUUAAAAAUUAUGAAGAAGAAGUCGAAAGGCUUAAACUUGAAGUUGAUAAUAUAGAAACUAUUAAAUUAGCUCUUCCAACGGAAUGCUUUAAACGAGUCCGUCUUGAACCUUAGACUUUCAUCACGUCUGAUACAAUAUGCCCUAGAAUACUUAAAAAAAAUCAUGAAUUUUACGUUUCAUUUACUUGAAUGAAACCAGAGCUAACAAGUCAAAUUAUACACAAUCCAGUAUCG